AUGACUCUGAUCACAAAUUAUAUCAUCUAUCUCUGUGAAAGUUUUCUCAUCGUUAUCUUUAAUGUGCCACUCAUUCUUACCAUUCUCUUUCGCAAACGCAAUAGAGAACGUCGAGAAUUCCUAAUUAUUGGUGGCAUGGCAUUGGGUGACACCUUGUAUGCUCUGGGAUUUUUUCUAGCUGCAACAAGGAGACUGGAAAAGGCUGCGAUUUCUGACACCACAGUAGAACGGCAGCAGUGCCUAACCGAAUUGUCGACAAUUUCGUUCUUCUUUGGCAUGUCUCUGAUUGGUCAGAUGAACGUGGUUGUAGCCAUCGAUCGUUUUCUUGCUACCGUAUUCCCAAUAUGGUACUUUCAAACAACUAUGCGUUAUGCCGUAGUUGUACUUUCAGCAGCAUACGGGAUCUCCUUCUCAACGAUGAUCGUCAAUUGGAUAUUGGUUUUCAGCAAUGAAAGAGCGAAACUUGCUUUAGUCAACGUAUUUUGCAGUUUUGCUGAUUCUGCCUUUCCCGGCUAUAGGGAUCUGGUAACCUAUUAUCGAUGGAUAUGCAUUGUCAUCGCUGCAUUGUUAUAUGGAGUGGUAGUGCUGCUCAUUCGAAAGAGAUUUAAGACCACUUCACGUGCAUUUGAUCCAUCAAUGAGCAAAAUUCAAAGCAAGAAGAUUAUGCGCAGUAACGUUACUAUGGGUUUGACCACAUUGAGCGCUUGCUGCUUAUUGCUAAUUCCCGAUGUCAUGAUUCAAUACAAUAUACCAAAUGAUAAUGCAGGAGUAAAACUAUUUCUUUAUUCUCUCAUGUUGAACAAGACAAUGGUCAACUUUUUUAUUUUUGUGGUACGUCAUAGAGAACUCCGCGGAAUGAUUGUCGUUGGUGGAUCGACGACAAUUAGCAUUGUGCAAAAUCAUUAG